AUGGUGCUGGGAGUGGUGGUGGGCAGCGGCAUAUUCGCCACGCCAGGAGUCGUGCUCCUAGAUUCCGGAGGCGCGGCCAUCUCUGCGCUCAUCGUGUGGCUCUGCGCCGGCAUCGUCGCCUACUCCUGUUGCGAGGUGUACGCUGAGCUGGGCAGCUCCAUACCGCACGCUGGCGGCGACGGGGAGUACAUCCAGCUGGCGUUCGGAGACCUGCUCUCGUUUGUCUUCAUGUGGAUGUUCUUUUUUGUCUCUACUGGCGGAGGCAUCGCCAUCCUUAUAGUCACAUUCGCCCGAUACACCAUCGCCCUGCUCCCGGGCAUGGAGGGUGCAAGCGAAGAGCAGAUGGAGCUGGGCGUGCGAAUCAUUGGCUGCUCCUUCACUCUCCUCCUCACGGCCAUUAACUGUGCCGGAGUAAAAGCAGGGGCGUUGGUGCAGAACAUACUAACAGUCACCAAGGCGCUCUUAAUAGCAGCGGUGGUGGCCUGUGCGCCCAUCUUCAUGUCCCUCCACGGCACAUCUGUUGCCGCUGCAAACUUCUCCCAGCCGCUCCCACCCCUCUCCAGCUACAACUGGAGUCGGGCCGGGGCAGGCUUGGUGGCUGCCGUCUGGGCCUUUGACGGCUGGAACUGCCUGGGAUACCUAUCAGAGGAGCUGAAGAACCCAAAGAGGGACCUGCCUCGUUCCUUGUCCUUCGGCAUGCUCACUGCCGUCGGCAUAUGUCUUGCAGUCAACUCAGCCUACUUCUGCAUUCUUCCUCUGGCAGCCGUGGGCAAGUCAGAGGUUGUGGCAGUGGAAGCUGUGGAGGCAGCGUUCGGCCCUCCCUCGGGCCGCUUCAUCGCGUUUCUCGUGGCCCUCAACGUGCUGGGCGCUGCCAACGCCACUCUGCUGUGCCAUGCUCGCUUCUUUUAUGCCAAGGCAAGGGAUGGGCAGCUCUUCUCGUUCCUCAGUGCCGUCACCUCUGGAGGAGCGCCCUAUGCUUCACUCCUGGCCACUGGUGGAUGGAUUGCGGUUGUGGUUUUCGUGGCGGCAAACCACCUUGAAAAGUUGAUUGACUAUUUCGGCAUCGCUGCAUGGAUGUUCUAUGGCCUCGUGGGAGCAUCGCUCAUCAAGCUGCGCUGGGACCUGCCUGACCUGCCGCGCCCCUACAAGGCCAGCCUCUACCCGCUUCCAGGCAUCAUCAUGGUUGUCGUGUCCACGUACCUUGUCAUCUCAUCUCUUGUCACGCAGCUCGUCCCGUCACUCCUCUCACUUGCUUUUGUUUUCACGGCGCUGCCUGUUUACUUCGCCAUCCGCUGCAUGAAAUCUGCUCCCUGUUGUGCUGCCUCGUGCACCAAACCUCCCGUAACGAUUAACAUAUUGCCUGAGGGUGAUGUUAGGAGACCGCUGUUAUCAUAA